UGUGAGCAACACAAUGAUAUAAAGUAAAUAUACAGAAAAGGACAGGACUGAACAUAAACAAAAGGAACAGAAAGGGCAGACGGACGCACACACAAUAGCAGGUCAAAAACAAACGUCAUUCAAUGAUAGCGGUGCAGAUAUAAUAGGGGAUAAACAUUAUUCUCCAGUGUAUGCUGUACAGUACAUUACAGAGCCAUUUUUUUUUUCCAUCGUCCCCAAAGUAUUUGAUAGGAGGAGUAACAGAGAGGGUAACUAGGAAGGUACCAUUGCACAUCCUCAGAGGAGGAGGCGUGUCAUAAAAGUCCAGGUGCAUAGAGCUGGCUCACAUGGAAACAAGUGCAAAACAUCUGUCGUGUUAAAAUAACACACUGUGCUGGUUUUCCUAACACAUCAAUUCUGUUGAGGUCUUACCAGACAAACAGGGCUUUUCACUAUGUAUCCUAAAGGAGGUGCAAUUUUCAUCGUGCUCAUGGCCUCUGCAGUUUUGGCUAUGCCUGGAAAUAAACCCAGCAGUUCAACUCCACCUUCUCACUUCAAGCAAAUUGUCAAAAAACUGAUGAAGGAAUGUCAAAGAAAGGAAUUCCCAAUGGUUAAUAUGAUGCAGAUGGAAAAUGCUUCCGAUAGCAGCAUGUCUGUGGAAAACAGCUCCCUCUGCUCCUCAUUCAUCAAUGUCCUCACUCCUAUGUCUCCCAUGGAUGUCACUCAUGACUUAGGCAUCCAAGUCAACAUGGAGGGCUUUGAGAGAAUGAAGCAUGACACAUGGAAUUGCAGCAACCUUCUAUCUGUGGUCAAGCUCAUGAGGAAAUCUUCUGAGUCAGCUUCAUGUAAGAUCCGGGCAUCAUUGGCUCCUUUAGUCUGGAUGCUUUUGACAAAUCAUGAUAUAAACAACAUGGACUUAGAGCAGUAUGAGUCUCUUUUGUGGGUUGCCAAACCUUUGCUGGCAGAUGUUCCCCUGACCAAAAUGAAACUUCCUCUGAAAAUAGAAAUCAACUACAUGGAGAAGUUGAUGAAGAUGCUGUGGAAGGUGCAUAAAUUCAUGUCUGAGGGCAAACGGGCUCUCGUGGUAACAUGGGUAAAAGAGCACAUCAGCCAGACGCACUUCAACUGUUCUCAUGCCACGAGGCCGUCAUUGGAGGACAAAUCAGCAAUGGUGACUAAACACUGCAGACCAAAGCUGAAGUGGCUGAACUUGGUGGCGUUGAACAUGAUGGGGCCGUACCUCUGCAGUUUAGCAGCAGAAGAUAUUGAUUCUGCAGCCGAAGACCAGCUCUGUGAGUUUUUCCUCUCCCCCCGCUUCAAGUUCACCUGCAUUGGGACUCGGUUCAAACCCAGUCUGGGCAAGAAGCUUCUCCAAAGGAUUCAACAGUGCUUCAGUGGACAGGAGGAGUUUGCACAGCAUGUGGACAAGUUGGGUUCACUGGCCUGUUAUUAUUAUCAUGCUCCCAACAUGACUGCUGACCUCAGCUGGAAGUUUCUCUCUCAGCUUGAGCACUGCAACAACUCUGGCAUCACAAAGCUGAAGAAGCACCUCAUUGAGACAGUGAUAUCAAACUCCAGUGACACACUCGGUGAAAAAGAAGUGUGCUACCUGGGCACAAGUACAAGGUUUUUGUCUGAUAAGCAACUGUCCACAAUAUCCAGACAUGUUCUUAACCAGUGUCUCAUAAAUUCUGAAGCAAAUGUCAAAUGGACACAGAGCCAACAGAAGACAUUAACUCGGAGACUGCUGGGUGAUGAGGAGUGCAAAAACGUGUCGGGUGAAGACCUCAUGUCCCUUUGGCCUUUUGUGAGAGGAGUUCCCACCUGUGUGAUAAAACGUGUCAAAGCCAUGGAGGUUCUGAAUGAUUCUGAGGAGCUGAAGAAGCUCUGCAAACAAAUGAGGAAGAGCCAGUUAAAAGCUUUACUACAGGCUCUUUGUAAAGAUGUGGCGCCCUUGGAUCUGUUGCGGUUACCCACGCUGCCUGAUGCUUUGCUUCACAGCACUUCUCUGAGGUUCUUGAACAAAGCAAACAUCAGCUCUUUGGACCAAGUUGAGGGUAAAAACUGGACCCGUACACAGGCAUCAUUCUUACUAAAACAACUGACACAAGGCAAGAAGACACUCCCUUAUAGCAGGUUGGGUUCACUCUUUCAGGGCAUAACCUGCAAGAUGAUCAACAAAAUCCAUGACAGUGAGGCCCUGGAAAUGGCUCAAGCCAUCACAGACGCUCCACGGUUCCUCUCCAAAUUUCAGGCAUGCUGUGCUGCCCAAAAUCUUUUUGCAACUUUGGAGAAAAAGAGAUCAGAUUAUUUUAAAACAAUCACACCUGACGAGAUGGAUGCGAUCCCCACAACGCUGCUGGUUCACCUGCCGCCGGCGAAGGUGAAGGACUUGCCGUCCUCCAUGUGUUCCAGCCUCCUUGACAAAAUUGAAAAAGCCGAUCUGAGCUUAUUACCAAUUUCUUCACCAUCUCGUGGUACACUGGUCCUGAAAGCUCUGCUCUGUCUGAGCAACGUAAACAUGUUUGCACCACAGUAUGCUGUCAUAGGGUCAACCACACUAGAGACUAAGACAUCCGUAGGGAUAGACUUAACUGGUCUGUCCAGUGAGGACAUAUCUAGACUCGGACCACUGUUGUGUGAGCUCCCCCCCGUCACACUGCGCCUCCUGGCCCCUGAUGUCCUCAACUCUACCCUGCUGGCCAUGGCCUCCUGCCAACACAUUCCUCAGAGCUCCAGGAUGCCACUGACUCAGCUGCUCAGGGAGAUUUAUGGGAACCCAGUCAGUUGGUCAUCUGAAACAAUGGAAGCACUGGGUUGUCUCCUCUUUCUGAGUGACAGCACACCUGAUCUGCCAAUUAAGCCUUGGAUGAAGGAUGUUCUGUCUUUCCUGAUGGAUUGUAUGACCCACCCCCGAACGGCCAUUCUAAAAAAAUACUUCUUCGAUCUCGUCACUAAAUCAAAUGCCAGCAGUUCUCUGUUCCUCACUGCAGACCUGAUUGAAGAAUUGGGCGAAUCCAACGUCUACUGGAAACCUGCACAACUGGAACAGAUGACAACAGAGACCUUCACUGCUGCUGUGGACACACUGGGUUGCCAUUCUUGGAUCAGGAAUGGCAUCUGCCCUAAAAUGUACCAAGUCACCAAGUGGAUCUAUAUUGGAGCUGCUGUGGUGAUCCCGAGCGAAAAGGGUGAAGCCAAAGCAGUUAUUGUCAGGCAUAUUUGGGGUCCAGUGUCACAAAUGAAAGAAUCUGCGGUUGCAAAGAUGAGAUGUAUAAGUCGAGGCUUCUCCAUCGCUGAGCUGGCGGUGCUGCCCUUUUCUUUGGACACCCUGGAGAACAUCGCAGACUGUGGCUGGAGUGAGUUACAGAUGGAGGCGUGUGGAAGGGAAUUGCUCAACCGCAAGAACCUGAGAGUGCAAAAUCUGGAAGCUGCAGAUCUCAUUGAACUGCACCAUUUCAUCUGCGGCCUCAGCAUCCGUGAGAUUCAGCAGCUCAACGGCGGACGUCUUCACGUCUGUAUCUCGGAGGCUGUAGAAUCUGUCAAUGAUAUCCAGUGCUCCCCGAGAGAAGACUCGGCAGCUGAAAUGGCGUGUACUGUGGCUGAAUUUGGAGAACCCAAAACCUGGAUGCAGGCACAUGCGUCCAUGCUGGGCAACAUCAUGGGGAUGAAGAUGCUGUGGAAGGUGCAUAAAUUCAUGUCUGAGGGCAAACGGGCUCUCGUGGUAACAUGGGUAAAAGAGCACAUCAGCCAGACGCACUUCAACUGUUCUCAUGCCACGAGGCCGUCAUUGGAGGACAAAUCAGCAAUGGUGACUAAACACUGCAGACCAAAGCUGAAGUGGCUGAACUUGGUGGCGUUGAACAUGAUGGGGCCGUACCUCUGCAGUUUAGCAGCAGAAGAUAUUGAUUCUGCAGCGAAGGACCAGGUUGGGUUCACUGGCCUGUAUUAUUAUCAUGCUCCCAACAUGACUGCUGACCUCAGCUGGAAGUUUCUCUCUCAGCUUGAGCACUGCAACAACUCUGGCAUCACAAAGUAUGCUGUCAUAGGGUCAACCACACUAGAGACUAAGACAUCCGUAGGGAUAGACUUAACUGGUCUGUCCAGUGAGGACAUAUCUAGACUCGGACCACUGUUGUGUGAGCUCCCCCCGUCCACACUGCGCCUCCUGGCCCCUGAUGUCCUCAACUCUACCCUGCUGGCCAUGGCCUCCUGCCAACACAUUCCUCAGAGCUCCAGGAUGCCACUGACUCAGCUGCUCAGGGAGAUUAUGGGUAGGACAGCCUCCCUGAACCCAGUCAGUUGGUCAUCUGAAACAAUGGAAGCACUGGGUUGUCUCCUCUUUCUGAGUGACAGCACACCUGAUCUGCCAAUUAAGCCUUGGAUGAAGGAUGUUCUGUCUUUCCUGAUGGAUUGUAUGACCCACCCCCGAACGGCCAUUCUAAAAAAAUACUUCUUCGAUCUCGUCACUAAAUCAAAUGCCAGCAGUUCUCUGUUCCUCACUGCAGACCUGAUUGAAGAAUUGGGCGAAUCCAACGUCUACUGGAAACCUGCACAACUGGAACAGAUGACAACAGAGACCUUCACUGCUGCUGUGGACACACUGGGUGCCAUUCGUGAUUAUGAUGCUGCUCAACUGGCUGUGCUCGUUAGGAAAGCAACUCAGAUUUGGGGUCCAGUGUCACAAAUGAAAGAAUCUGCGGUUGCAAAGAUGAGAUGUAUAAGUCGAGGCUUCUCCAUCGCUGAGCUGGCGGUGCUGCCCUUUUCUUUGGACACCCUGGAGAACAUCGCAGACUGUGGCUGGAGUGAGUUACAGAUGGAGGCGGUGUGGAAGGGAAUUGCUCAACGCAAGAACCUGAGAGUGCAAAAUCUGGAAGCUGCAGAUCUCAUUGAACUGCACCAUUUCAUCUGCGGCCUCAGCAUCCGUGAGAUUCAGCAGCUCAACGCGGACGUCUUCACGGAGGCUGUAGAAUCUGUCAAUGAUAUCCAGUGCUCCCGAGAGAAGACUCGGCAGCUGAAAUGGCUUACUGUGGCUGAAUUUGGAGAACCCAAAACCUGGAUGCAGGCACAUGCGUCCAUGCUGGGCAACAUCAUGGCUGGGUUGGAUGUUUUUGAGUGGACAUCUUUGGACCCAAGUAUUUUUUCAUUUAUUACCCUGACUUGCAUCCCACACAUACCCCUUUCUGCGCUCUCAGUUCAACAGAUUGAAGCUUUUGGACCAGACAAUGCUGCCAUGAUAUCAUCUGGCCAGCGCUCUGGACUGGGACAAGAGCAACAAGCUGCACUUGAUCGAGCUCUGAAAGGCUUGAGGACAGAGCAGACAAGUAUCGCAGGUGCUCCAUCACUGAGUGUUGAGGGGAUUUCAGCCUUCAUCAAACCUUUCCUGUUCCUCCUUAUUGGCUUUCUGCUGCUGUGAGACCUAACAGUCCCACCGACAAAGCCCAACAGAGCAUUAAUUAACGGCUGCUGAUUUAGCGCUAGUCAUUUCCGAGGCUGUAACAAGCUGAGAUAAACACAUACAUACAUACAUACAUACAUGCUAGACAAUAGCAUCUGUGGGCAUGGAGACACUAACAGCUAUGGCAGAUAGGAUAAAUGUAGCAUUAUUAAGGAUCUGAUCAGAAAGAAAAUUUUCUGGUAAACAUUGUGAAACUUUCUUUGGAAACUGUAUGUUUAGGUUUAGAAUCUUGGUGUUCAUGUUCUGAAUUCUACAUGGAAUAGCAUAUAGCUGUCCACAGAUUGAAUUUGCCGUGAUUUCAGAAUCCACCUAAAUUGACCCCAAGGACCUUGGUUGACCUCUGCCAAAACUCUUUAAGGGCAAGUAGGGGGACAGCCUUCAUCCAUAUAACAACUUUGGAAGAACGUAGCCAAAGGAAAGAGCAGGGGACAGAUGACCUUGACCCCAAUGGCUGGCCUUUGACAAAUUUAACCUCACAUGGGUGAGGAUUGGGUACCAAAACCCAGAUCCAAUAUCGUACCAGUUUCACUACCAAUCUGGAUCUCCUGGACCAAAUGGCCACUCAGAUUUCAGUGCUGGAUUAGUGCUCCGCACAGCCCUCACACUACCUGUGUAGACUCACUGUGACGACCAACAGCUAGAAUGAUGGAUCCCUGGAAUUCUCAGGAUGUCCCAGAGACCAGCUCUAAUUUCAUCAAAGACAAGCAGUGCGCUAACAAAAGACCAUCUUAUGUUAAUAUGCUAAUGAUACAAGAUGAUUAUGUUGUGCACUACAUAUAUUUUAACAGAUGUUUGAAAGAAUAAGGAUGUACACAUUGUACAGAUAAUAGCAUUUAGAAAAAACACACCUGAUAUUAUACGUACAACCCCUGGCAAAAAUUAUGGAAUCACCGGCCUCUGAGGAUGUUCAUUCAGUUGUUUAAUUUUGUAGAAAAAAAGCAGAUCACAGACAUGACACAAAACUAAAGUCAUUUCAAAUGGCAACUUUCUGGCUUUAAGAAACACUAUAAGAAAGCAGGAAAAAAAAUUGUGGCAGCCAGUAACGGUUACUUUUUUAGACCAAGCAGAGGGAAAAAAAUAUGGAAUCACUCGUGCACACUUGUGUAUGCGUGAUCACAUGUGCGCAUGCAUGUGAGAGUGCAAUGGUACCAAACAUAUGGAACCAAGCUGCACUCUGAAUGCAAUCCAUGUCAUGUGACAUACAAAGCACUAAUCAGAUCACAAGGAUCCACUCAGCCGUUAUAUAAAGUCAAAUAAUGCAUGCUAAAAUGUGUUGUGUGGAAAUUUUUUUUUUUUGUUAAACCAUCAGACCAGAUUUUCAAGUUUAGGGUGUAAAUCUAAGCAAAGAAUUCAUUUAAAUAAAAAAGGAACAUUGAAAUUGAAUCAAAUACAUCAGUGGAAAAUUCUGAUCAUUUGGGAUUUUUUUAGAGAAAGGGCAUUUUUGUGACCCAGAGAUAGACUCUUCAGCCUGGAGGUUUUCCAAGAAGUGGUCUCAUCAUACCUGCAUAAAUGAUGUCAUUAACAGUUGUUUUUAUUGGUGUAAGAUUUGCUGUUUGGAAAGACCACCCACUUUGGGUGGGGGAACUGACCCUUGUGAGGGAAUAAAAGUGACUGUCGCCCUUUGUGUUUCAAAGCUUUCCAGGUGUUUUUUGAAGACUGUGAAAUGCUUCCUUUGCUGGCAAAUAAAACUAUUGUUCUGGAACUUCUUUUUUUCCUCUGACCCUGAACAGUUUUAAAGUGAUUUUUGAACAACUGAGCAUCGAGGAUACUGUCCUGGAAACUCCACCACACAGCCAGACAACUGAAUCAAACACUGCAUAAAUCGGCGUGCUGACAGUCUCACUUUAUGUUCAUUUUAACAUGUAAAGGGUUAAUAUAUUGCUGAAUGUGACUGGUGAAGCUUCAAACCACUUCUUUCUCUGACUGACACACACACACAGGCUGAAUAACAAGCUACUUUUACUUCACUUGUACCAACUGCACUUUUUUGUCUAACUUCAAUAAUCAAGUCUAACUGGAUUAUUCGACAUGACACUAAUGAGAACGUGAUAAUUGGUCAAAAUCAUGGAAUCAAGCUGUAGGUGAAAAUAAGCCUUUUUAAUUCUUUUAACAAAUAAGACAAAAAACAAAUACAGCAUUGCAUUUUUAAAGCGCUCAACAAAAAUCUCCUGAGAAAACACGCACAGGUUAACAGUGGCUACAACAUUAAAAGAACUUCUAUUUACACUCCCAGGUCGGGAGCUGGAUCCUGUUUGGCUUUUUUCCCAGCAGCUCGUCUGUCUGACA